AUGUUGUUACCACGCUUCCUAACCACCUCGUAUCCCAUGGAGCGGCAUUAUUUUGCAGUGCCAAAAUUUGUAUUAUGGCUGAUUGGCUUAUAUCCGGAAAAGGAGCGUACUUUAGCAGUGAAAUUGUGGUUUUUCUUCAAUUUUUUUAUUCUCACCUAUGGUUGCUAUGCCGAGGCUUACUAUGGUAUUCAUUAUAUACCGAUUAAUAUAGCCACCGCGUUGGAUGCUCUCUGUCCUGUGGCCUCUAGCAUUUUAUCCUUGGUCAAAAUGGUCUCCAUUUGGUGGUAUCAAGAGGAGCUAAAGAGUUUACUUCAAAGGGUGAGAUUUCUAACGGAGGAGCAACAGAAAUCGGAGCGAAAGUUGAAUCACAAAAAGAAGUUCUAUACAUUGGCUACCAGGUUAACUUUUUUACUGCUGUGUUGUGGUUUCUGUACAAGUACUUCGUACUCGGUAAGACAUCUCAUCGAUAAUGUCCUAAGACGAGCUCAUGGCAAGGAUUGGAUUUAUGAGACGCCUUUUAAAAUGAUUUUUCCCGAUCCUUUACUACGACUUCCCUUAUAUCCCAUCACCUAUAUCCUGGUCCAUUGGCAUGGUUAUAUCACCGUAGCUUGUUUUGUAGGAGCCGAUGGUCUCUUUCUGGGUUUCUGUUUAUAUUUCACGGUUUUACUUUUCUGUCUACGUGAUGAUGUUGGAGAUUUAUUGGAGGUUAAGAAUAUCGAGGAAUUUCCCACGUUAGAGCAAGAAGCUAGAAUAGUUUGGAAAAUGGAAAGACUUGUGGAUCGUCAAAAUGAAAUUGCAGAACUUACCCAGAGGUUAUCUGGUGUUAUGGUGGAGAUAACAUUGGCUCAUUUUGUAACCUCAAGCCUGAUUAUAGGCACUAGUGUGGUGGAUAUUUUAUUGUUUUCUGGCCUGGGCAUUAUAGUAUAUGUGGUCUAUACUGCCGCCGUGGGCGUUGAAAUCUUUCUUUAUUGCCUAGGAGGUUCUCACAUUAUGGAAGCGUGCUCCGAUUUGGCUCGUUCUACAUUUGCUAGUCACUGGUAUGGACAUAGUGUUCGUGUACAAAAGAUGACUCUUUUGAUGAUAACUCGAGCUCAGCGAGUCCUGACCAUUAAAAUACCCUUCUUUUCUCCUUCUCUGGAAACACUAACUUCGAUCUUACGCUUUACGGGCUCUUUGAUAGCUCUGGCUAAAUCAGUUAUUUAA